CCGAUCGAUCGAUUAUUAACUUGUUUCCAAAAGAGGGCGUUAUUUUGUGCGAAAAAAAGAGACCAGUUGGGUAUCAAAAUGAUAAAGGCAAUUUUAGUAUUUAAUAACCAUGGGAAACCACGGCUUUCAAAAUUCUACACUUAUUUUAAUGAAGAUAUGCAACAACAGUUUAUCCGGGAGACUUUCCACUUGGUGUCUAAACGAGAUGAUAAUGUCUGUAAUUUCCUCGAAGCUGGAUCUUUGAUUGGUGGUUCUGAUUACAAGAUUGUGUACAGGCACUAUGCUACGCUGUACUUUGUGUUCUGUGUUGAUUCCUCAGAAAGUGAGCUUGGUAUUCUUGAUCUUAUACAGGUUUUUGUUGAAACAUUAGAUAAAUGCUUUGAGAAUGUCUGUGAAUUAGAUCUGAUAUUCCACAUUGACAAGGUGCACUACAUUUUAUCUGAGCUUGUGAUGGGUGGUAUGGUAUUAGAAACCAAUAUGACAGAAAUCCUGACGAGGAUCGAUGAGCAAAGCAAACUGGAAAAGCAAGAGGCUGGCCUGUCUGCUGCUCCAGCCCGAGCCGCUGCUGCUGUCAAAAGCAUUAACUUACCCAACAUUCCUACACCUAAUAUUCAGCUUCCAAAUCUGCCAUCAUUCAAGUGAUUAAUGGUACAGAUGACGUUCAAUGUUUUGGUUGACAAGCUGAAGGCUCACCGGGUUUGAUAACCUAUUUGAUAACCAGUCAGGUUUGAAAACCUAUUUGAUAUCCAAAUCAGGUUUGAUAACCUAUUUGUAAACUAAAUCAGGUUUAAUAACCUAUUUGAUAACCAAACCGGGUUUGAUAACAUAUUUAAUAACCAAAUCAAGGUUUGAUAACCUGUUUGAUAACCAAACUGGGUUUAAUAACCUAUUUGAUAACCAAAUUAGGUUUGACAACCUAUUUGAUGACCAAACUAGGUUUGAUAAUCUGUUUGAUAACCAAACCGGGUUUGAUAAUGUGUUCUAGCAAGUAAUCUAUGUGUCACAGGUGCAAUUUAGAUGUAUGUAGACAUAGUGAAGAGUAACAAUCAAUUUUAUGUGUAUCAACAUGACCCACUGUGUUCCAUCUGAGUGAAUCAUGGACUUAGCUAAUUACUAAUGCUGUGACACGAACAUUAUGGCCUACAAGUAUUUUAGAAUGAACAGUCAUAACAUCUCGAAUCCUAUAACUAAAUAUCUUUGCUAGAACCAGUAACUGACAAUCAAAAGUAAUGGGUGGGUAAGUGGUCAACUUAAUUAAGAGGGCAGGAGAUUAUUAAGCUUUCUGAAGUAAUCAGUUCUCUAUUUACUAUGGUUCGUAAAAAUUUUAAUUCAGUUUCUUUGAUGAAACAAUUUACAUGCAAGUUCUUGUUCUUAGUUUUAUGUGUUUAAUAAAUAUAUUUGAAUUGAUAGAAAUAUGGUAAAAGAUUUAAAAACUACAUCGGGUGGCUACUUCCCUGCUAAAAUAGUCUCUCAGGUCAAAGUAAAAAAUGAAUUUAUAUUAAUGAUGAGUGUAUUAACCUUUCAGUCAGAUGUCCUAUAUUGUAUUAGAUAAUGAAUCUAAGUGUUAUUUUUUCAUAUAAUAUAGGACCAAACAAUGACCCCUUUAUUUCAUAAAAAGGAAUCUGUUUUUCAAAAUUUAUUUGAUUGAAAUCAAUUCAAGAUCUUGUGUUGUAAUUAUGAAAAAUAAUACUUGUAAAACCAUGGGUUAAAAAUCCCAUAGUCUUAAAAGUGUAUGUCAAGUUGUAUCCGACUGUACUAUCGUUAAUUUAUGGCAAAUUUUAUCCUAGCAAUAAGCCUUCUCAAAAAUUUAUCAACCACAUUGGCAAUAUAAAAGGUUACAGUAAGGCAUAUAAACAUAUCAGUGAACUGUGAUAUGGAAAAGAAUGUUGCAGUAUUAUACAGUAUGCCUUAAAAAUCAAGAACUCUGAAGUAACAAUGCACUGCGAACAAUAGUACAUCUGCUAUUGUUCAUCAAAAUAUGCCUUCAGCAAUGAUCAUUGAGCCUGCCAUUACUGUAAGAGAGGUUAAUGGUACUUAAGUGUGCAUUGAGUUUAAAAAAUGUGUAAAGUUUAUUGAAGGUUAAGUUCUUUUAAUCACAAAAGGAUCUGAAUCACUAUCACAGCAAAUAGGUCAGAGGGGUUUUUGUCUGUUGAAAGAGAAAAAUAUGGUUACGGAAUUGUAACCCAAAACCAAGCUAAAGCUUCUGACCUUGUUAAUCAUCAUGGCUGUCUCCCAUGUAUUAUAAUAAGGUUAAGUGCAUUUUAUUUCUUAUACACACAUGUUGUAAAAUAUAUGCAUGUGGUUUUAAAGUAUAAUUAUUGAUUUGGCAUAUAUAAGGUCUUGAGUGUAUGGUUUGACCCGUCUGGACUAGCUUCCAGCUUCAUUCUACUGCUGAAUUCGCAGAUACAAUGAAACAGUGGUCCUAAGGCUCCUAUGAGUCUCCUACAGCAUUGUAUAUACAGUGGGAACUAACCCAUUUCCCCCAAAAAUCAUGAUGUUUGUGUGUUUUUGCUAGUGACUUUGUCUUCUGCAAAUCAACUGGCGAUGGGUAUCACCACCUAACCAAUUUAUUGGAAGUGGCUUCUUCCAACGUGGGUCCCCUGAUGAUGCCAAGUGUUGGAUUUUGUUUUAAAAGAAGUCACACUCAACAAC